AUGAAGCGGUUUUCUUUAGAAAAGCUGAAAAAUAAUCAAAAGAAGACCACACAAAGGGCUAUUCUAUCUUAGUUCCAGAGUUCAAAGAGUAUUCUGUGUCUCUCUGGUGCAAACUCAUGAUGCCAAUAGAGAGGCCAUCCAUUCACUUGCUCUUGGCUUUUCUGUUAGUGCAUUCAUUCGUACUUCAAUUGUCCCAAUCUGCCAGCAACUUUACUGAUCAAUCAGCUCUCAUUGCCUUCAAUUCCAAGAUCAACAAUACUGACUUGGCUGGUAAUUGGUCCACAAGAACAAACUUCUGUAACUGGAUUGGAGUCACUUGCAGCCUACGAAGACAAAGAGUCACAGCCUUGAACCUCUCCUACCUUGGUCUCCAAGGCACUAUUUCACCUCAUGUUGGCAACCUCUCCUUCCUAGUCUCACUCGAUCUUUCUAACAACAGCUUCUAUGGUUUCCUGCCUCAUGAGAUUAGUCAUCUACACCGCUUGAGGGAACUUGUCUUGUCAUACAACUUAUUGGAAGGUAGUAUCCCUCCAACUAUACAUAAUUGCCACAAGCUUGAAUAUUUAUCUCUUCCAGGAAACGAGUUAAAUGGUAGCAUACCUAGAAGUUUAGGCAUGUUACCAAUGCUUCGCUAUUUAGACCUUGGUAUAAACCGUCUUAUGGGUGCAAUUCCAUGGUCCCUAAGCAAUGUUUCAUCGUUAGAGUUCUUGAAUUUGGAAUCCAAUCUCCUUUCUGGUCCUUUUCCUCAUGUCAUCUUUAACAUAUCCUCUCUUACCAAUAUUUUCCUUUCAUCAAAUUACAUCUCAGGAACUCUUCCUAUGGAACUCUGCACCCACUGUCCUAAUCUUCAAGGACUUUAUCUUUCAGAAAACAGUUUAGGCGGUCAGCUUCCUUCACAAAUCCAUUACUGUAGAAACCUUGUAGCAAUAUCUCUGUCAUACAAUAAGUUUGUUGGAAGUAUUACAAAAGGUAUUGGGAGUUUAGAAAACCUUGAACUGCUCUAUCUUGGUGGUAACGAUUUAAGUGGUAACAUACCUCCUAGCCUAGGUAACCUUUCGAGGUUACAAGAGUUCUAUAUUGAAGAUAACAAUAUUAAAGGAAGCAUUCCGAGUGAUUCAUGGCAUUUUACUAAUCUAUAUAUAUUGAAUUUUGAAUUGAAUGAUCUCACAGGGACAAUACCCAACAACAUUUUAAACAUUUCCUCUCUUCAAGAGAUCUCCUUAGUAGAAAAUUCUUUGUACGGAAAUCUUCCAUUAGAUAUUGGGCUUUCUUGUCCUAAUCUUGAAACUUUGUAUUUGGGUGGCAACAAACUUAGUGGUCAUAUCCAAUCGGAUAUUUCAAAUUGUUCCAAUCUCGCCCAAGUAGAUUUUGGGAGGAACUCACUCUCUGGACCAAUACCCAAAAGUCUUGGAAACUUAAAAUACCUUCAAAUUCUUGUUCUGUAUGACAAUCAGCUAACAGCGGAGCCUGGAGAGCAAGAGAUGACUUUCCUUUCAUCUUUAUCUAAUUGCAUAUUUUUGGAAGAGCUGGUUAUAUCGUUCAAUUCCUUCAAUACUACAAUUCCAGAUUACAUCGGAAACUUAUCCAUUUCACUUAAAAAAUUCAUUGCAAGUUAUAACCAAAUCAAGGGUCAAAUUCCAAUGAAAAUUGGUUCCUUGAAAAACUUGACCUUUCUUGAUUUGAGCUAUAACAAUUUGACUGGAAACAUACCAUCAACAUUAGGAGGAGUUGAAGGGUUGCAGAGGUUGCUUCUUAGAGUCAACAAUAUUGGAGGAAACAUUCCAAAAGAACUUUGUCAGCUAAGGAAUUUGGGACAGUUAGUUCUCUCACAUAACAAAAUCUCUGGACCCAUCCCAAAUUGCCUUGGAAACCUCAAUCUUUUGCAGAGAUUAAACUUGAGUCAUAACAGAUUGACAUCAUCAAUCCCACUGAAAGUAUGGAGCAUUGAAAAUCUGCUGUUCUUGGAUUUAUCAUCGAAUUACUUCAAUGGAUCUUUGUCUCCAAACAUGAGAGAACUAGAUGCUAUUAUAUUCAUAGAUUUGUCUUGUAACCAAAUUACUGGAAAUAUUCCAAGUAUCAUUGGUUUUUUUCAAACCCUAAGUAGUCUUAAUUUGUCAAAGAACUCAUUUCAAGGAGAUAUUCCAAAAUCUUUCGGAUCUUUGAAAGGAUUGGAUCAGUUGGACCUCUCGAACAACAAUCUCUCUGGUGCAAUUCCUAAGUCUCUUGUGGCACUUCCAUAUCUCAAGUAUUUGAAUUUGUCUUUCAACAAGCUAUCAGGAGAGAUUCCAUCUAGUGGAGCUUUUAUAAACUUCACAGCGGAAUCAUUUUUAGGCAAUGAACUUCUUUGUGGGAAUCCAAUUUUUGGAGUUCCACCUUGUACAAGUCAGAUUUCUUCUCAACGAUCAAGGGUGAAGCAAAUUUUGCUUAGAUAUAUUAUUCCUGCCAUUGCAUCAAUUAUAAUCUUUACAGCACUGGUUACUAUGCUAAGAAGACACCCAAAAUGUAAAAUCCAGAUUCCAAGUUUUAUUAACACAUUGCGUGCAGUGGAUUAUAGAAUGAUAUCAUAUCAUGAGCUUUGUCGUGGGACAAACAACUUCUGUGAAAGCAACUUGCUUGGAAUUGGAGGUUUUGGCUUUGUUUACAAAGGGGUACUAUUUGAUGGGACCAUUGUUGCUAUCAAAGUUCUAAACUUGCAAUUGGAGGGUGCUUUAAGAAGUUUUGAUGUUGAAUGCAAAGUGUUAAGGGCAAUCCGACAUAGGAAUCUAGUUAAAGUCAUUAGUACAUGCUCCAACCCCGAGUUUAGAGCUUUGGUGCUACAAUACAUGUCAAAUGGUAGUCUUGAAAAGUGGUUAUACUCUCACAACUAUUGCUUGAAUCUUGUUCAAAGAGUAAGCAUUAUGGUUGAUGUUGCAUUAGCGUUGGAUUAUCUCCACAACGGUCAAUCAGAAUCCAUGGUGCAUUGUGAUUUGAAGCCUAGCAAUAUCCUAUUGGAUGAGGACAUGGUUGCGCAUGUUGGUGACUUUGGCAUUGCAAAGAUUUUAGUUGAAAACAAGGACGCAACCUAUACCAAAACCAUUGGUACAAUUGGCUACAUUGCACCAGAGUAUGGUUCUGAAGGAAGAGUAUCUACCAAAGGUGACAUUUAUAGUUAUGGGAUAAUCUUGUUAGAGAUGAUCACAAGAAAGAAACCUACCGAUGAAAUAUUUGUUGGAGAACUAGGUAUGAGGCAAUGGAUUGCAUCACUUCAUGACCAAAUGGAAGUUGUGGACGAUGGUUUGCUUAGGAUAGAAGAGGGAAGAGAUGUAACUGCCUUGCAAACUAUUCUUUCAUCUAUCUUGGAACUAGGCUUGAGGUGUUCGGAAGAAUUACCAAAUGGAAGACUUGACAUCAAGGAUGUGGUGGCCAAGGUUAACAAAAUCAAAUUGACACUACUUGGAAACAGAAAUAGGGGUGGAAACAGAAAUAGGGGUGUCUGAUAUUUAUGUUAUUGCUCAAAUUUCGUUUGUGUGCACUUGAAGAGACCUUGUUAAAGCUUGUGUUCCUUUUUUUAUUUUAUUUUUUCAGGCCAAAAUUUAGUUACUUUAUAUUGAUAAUUUGGUUUGUAGCGAUACUAUAGGAAAUUCAAUGGUAUCUUUUUGUAAUUUUGGA